UCAAACAGGAACAAAUCAUUGGAAAUACAUGAAAUCACGCGUCUUCGGACUCAGGAUGGAGUGAAACAUCUGUCAGUUUGAAGAUAAACUACUUCUAGAGAAGAGUUCCAGAGAAGAACGAUUUGACUUUCAUCCGAGGACAUGGACUGGAAGAACUUCCAAGCCCUCCUCAGUGGGGUGAACAAAUACUCCACAGCUUUCGGGAGAAUAUGGCUGUCUGUGGUGUUCGUGUUCAGGGUGAUGGUAUAUGUGGUGGCGGCGGAGCGAGUGUGGGGCGACGAGCAGAAAGACUUUGACUGCAACACCAAGCAGCCCGGCUGCUCCAACACCUGCUACGACCACUUCUUCCCCAUCUCCCACAUCCGCCUGUGGGCCCUGCAGCUCAUCUUCGUCACGUGCCCCUCCUUCAUGGUGGUCAUGCAUGUGGCCUACCGCGAAGACCGCGAUCGCAAGCACCAGGCCAAGUACCACGAUAACGUCAAGAAGUACUCCAACCCGGGUAAAAAACACGGUGGCUUGUGGUGGACUUACCUUGUUAGCCUAGUUGUGAAAACGGCCAUCGAGGUCGCCUUCCUCUACAUCCUCCACUGGAUCUACGACAGCUUCUACCUGCCAAGGCUAGUCAAGUGCGAGGUCUGGCCCUGCCCCAACCAGGUGGACUGCUACAUCGGCCACCCCACGGAGAAGAAGGUCUUUACCUACUUCAUGGUCGGCGCCUCGGCCCUCUGUAUCGUCCUGAACAUCUGCGAGAUGGUCUACCUCAUUUGCAAGCGCAUCGCUUCGUGCACGAAGAAGAUCAAGAGACGCAGCCGCAGCAUACCCGUGCCACAUGAGGACUUCAACGACGACCCCUUCAACAACUGCAGCCAGCCGAUGUCGAGGGCGGACAAGAAGGACAACCCUCCGUCCUUCAAGACUGCGAUCAGGUCUUCGCACAUACCUAACAUGUUAAAACUUGAAGAUAAGAUGCGGGCGUCUGCUCCCGACCUGUCCAUCGCUUCUUAACCCUGAAUCAGGAGAAGCUAGGUGUUGUUUGGGGCGAGAACCUAAUGAAAAAAUCCUCCCAAAAAAAUGAAAAGACUCAGAGCUACGAGCAAAAACUACAGUACGAGUUAGACUCUGGAAGCUGAGUCAUCACAACUGGAUUCAUCCUGUGGGCCCCUGUGUCCACAUCUAGAGACUCUUUAAGAGCAUGAACUUUGGUUUCCAAGCCAACAUCCACAAUAUUUACAGGUCAUUUAGAGCCAAAUGUAUGUGUUCACGACACGUGAGGUUACUUUUUGAAUACAAUAAAGGACCUUUCCAGCUUCACUGUUUCACCCUCUAUCAGAACUCAUUUCACUCAGUUUGCCUUGGGAUAGGAGUUUUGACACAGGAAGGAAAGAAGCCAUCGGCCUGUGCCAACAGCUGAAGGACACACCUGGCUGAGGUAUUCACCCGCCAUUGUCGACAGUGGUGUGUCAGGGUGCUCUGUUGUCACUGGCAUAUUCCGGUUAUCUCUCUUAUUUUAUUAAAACUCAGAUCAUGGCUUCAUAUGACAGGUUCCGUAUCGUGAUGAUCUCAAGUGUGGAGUCCUACAGUUAUGGCUGAGUAAUACUUGAAGAUUUGCAAACUGGCCCAAAAUGAUGCAUUUAAUCUCUCAGACCAGAUUAAUGACAGCAACCAAAUCUAAAUAUCAUUAUCUUUGUCUUUACAUCCUAUGCAGACAUAAGCUCACAGCUCUCAGGUUUAUGCAGCGACAGCCACACGUUGCAGAGGCUGCUGAUAUCCUUGUACACAACCUGGCCUCAUGAGACCACUGUUGAUUUAAAUGAGGUGAAAGGAAUGCUGCUGUUUAACUCUGUUGCUGGAGCUGGAACACAGUGGCAGAGGUAGGAGGCAGCUCCGCUCACUGAACUAUGACACCAUUUUGUGAGUCAACAGUCAUCAAAAUGCUGGAA